UAAGCUCGUUCUUCCUGUAUUCACAGGAACUUUAGUAUGACUCCCUUGAUUCCGGCCGUUCCUGGUUCUUUUGCGUUAGGUCGAAGAGUUUCAAAUUUAUUAAUAGGAACAAUACUUGCAAAAUAAUCAGUUAUAAUCAUGGAUGAUGAGUGGGAUGUGGACAAUGUUGAAGCGAAAUUUGAUCUCGCAAUGAGAUCAAACAAAUGGGAAGGUGAAGAUGAAGACGAAGAUGUAAAGGAUAGCUGGGAGGAUAUUGAAGAAGAGAAGAAAGAUGUGGAAAAACCUGCGGAAGUACCAAAAGCCAAACCAAAACCGAAGAAAGCUCUUACUGAAAGGAUCGAAGAACGCGAGAAAAAAGCGAAAGAGGAAGCUGAAAGAAAAGCUAAGGAAAAAGAAGAAGCAUUAACACCAGAAGAGAAGAGAGUAGAGCUGUUAAGGCGACAGAGGUUACAGGAAGAGGCUGACUUACGAUUGGCAAUGGAAACAUUUGGUGUAACUGAAGAAUCAUCAACAGGUCUGGAUGCUAUGAAUCCUAACACAAAAGAAGAAUUUGAACAAUUUGGUACUGCACUUUCGCAAAAAAUCAACCAGUUUAAAAAGCAUUCUGAAUUUCCACCAUUUGCAGAAGAACUUAUAAAGUCCAUUGCCCUAAAUUUAUCAUCAAAUGCUUUGAAGAAAGUCAAGACUAUGGUGGAUAAUUUAUUAAUAGAAAAACAAAAAUUAGAAAAAGGAGAAAAACCUAAAAAAGCUAAAGGAAAGGGUAAAGCAAAACUUAAAAUUGAAGGAGAAAAUACCAUGUUAAGCGAGUAUAGUGAUUAUGUAUAUGACGAUUAUGACGAUUUUAUGUAGCGACUUUUCAUAUACAUAAGCAUUCUAGUCGCCUAAAUACAUACUGGAGGAUAUUAACUUGCAGAUUUAUACAGAAAGUUUAUAAUUAUACUUUUUGCAUAUAUCAUUAUAUGCAAAAUGUAUACGCAGAUUGAUCUGCAUUCUUAAUAUUAUCUGCAUACGACUUAACAGGAAUCAGGAGAGAGUGUUAGAGUUACAUUGCUAUAUCUAUAAUCUGUUGAAACGGAUUUUUUUGUAUGAUUACAUUUACUUGCACCAUUGAGUUACUAUAAAAUAUUUUCUAUAUUCCAAUUCAUAUAAGGAAAAAUGUCUGCAUACUUAUAUUAUAUGAUUAACAAAUAUUAAUAUAGUUAAGAUAUAAACACUUAUAUCCAAAAAUAAUAAUAAUCCUAAUUUUUUAUUAAUCCAAAUAUAUGUGUGUGAUCAAGUUUUUUAAAUUUAAUAUCAGACUGCUUUUUUAUUGCAUUAUAGUUUAUCGUUAAAUAGCUCAAAAUACGUACGUUAUAUACCAUGAUUUUCUUUUAUCUAAAAUACAACGAAUAAAUAUUCAAAUUUGCCUUUAACUGUAUUUAUUGAAUUUGAAUUGAUUACUAUAUAUAAUUCAAACGUGAUAUGACAACAUAAUACAAUGUUUUAUAAGCAGUUUUUUAAUCUAGUAUAUAUUAUAUUUGUUAUCAUACAUAAUAUAUAUCCCAUACUUAUUAUGCAGACUGGUCCAUAAUGAUUGGAUAUAAUAUAAUUAAAAAAAUAUAUAGUACUCAGAUUUUAUUAAUAGAUAAUUGUUCUAUUAUUUAUCCGUGAACAUAACAUUGGACAAACUUUUGUUUUUAUUUAAUAUAUCUUUAGCUGUUUAAAAUGUCUUCAAUAUGCUUACAUAGCUGCAGUGCACAGCUAUUAUGUAACUGCAUUAUGGAAGUUUUAUAUAACAUGUCUUACAUACAUACAUACAUACGCAUAUGCAUACUUCAAUUAAUAAUUAAAAGUUGGUUUUGAAAAAGAGUAUAUUCCUAAAUAAAGGUUGACUGUAAAUAA